AUGACAACACCCAACACAAGCCAGACGGCCAUGUCAGAAUUGGCAGAAUUCAAACAGCAAAGGGCCUCAUCCAAAACAUCAAUUGAGAAACUAGAUGCUACCGAUACGUGCAGAGCUGACUUAGAGGAGCUUUAUAUUUCAACAAAAAUUUCCAUAUCUUCGCAGCUGAAUGAUGAAGCUAAUAAUUCUACAAUGAUGGACAACACAGCAUUGAUACCUCCUGUGAGUAAGAAGUUGCCACAUUUGAAAUUACCCACGUUCAGUGGUAAGUACUCCGAAUACAAGAACUUCAUCAAUUCUUUCGUCCAAAUUAUUGAUCGAGAAGCGUGUCUAACCAACAUCGAAAAAUUUAACCAUUUACGAAAUUGUCUAACGGGCCAAGCAUUAGAAACAGUGCAGGCAUUCCCCAUUUGUAAUGAAAAUUAUCCGAAGGCUUUAGAGCGACUUAAAACACGGUAUGACAACAGUACGCUGAUUUUCUUAGAAAACAUUACAGCUUUAUUUGAUUUGCCAGUGGUUUCGGAUCAGUCUAGCCACCAACUUCGCAGCCUAAUCGAUAAUGUGUCUGCACUGUACGGUUCACUCUGCACGUUAGGCUCUGAAAAACAAAUAUGUGAGGCAAUACUCAUUUCAUUGGUAAUGCAGAGGGUAGAUGAAACUACACGUAGGAAAUGGAAGGAGGCGCUAUCUCUCACCACUCUGCCUAGUUGGAACGACUGUUCAGCACUGCUUGACAGACAUUGUCAGUUUCUAGAAUCUCUCGAUCACAAGCCAUACAACCAUCUAUCGGUACAUCGUAAAGCCAACAAUAUUAAGGCCAAACCCAUCAAUCGUCCUAAACAGUAUUCGUUCGCUACAGCUACUUCCACCCAGUCCUGCUUACUUUGUUCAAGUCAUGAACAUUUAGUGCAGAAAUGCCCUCGUUUUAAAUCUAUGGAAGUUAACCAAAGAUUUGAGAAGGCGAAAUGUUUGAAACUCUGCAUUAACUGUCUAUCGCCCCGGCAUCGAGUGGCCAAUUGCACAUCAUCAUUCAAAUGCCGAAUAUGCGCAAAGUCACAUCACACACUCUUGCACCAACCCAAUAGCAAUGACCAGGUUUCGGAUUCACUAAAUACCACAAGGCAAACUCUGUUGCCCAAUAACAAUGUUGCCAGUCACUCUCAUCUUGAUAUGUCUUCAAAUGAACAAAUAAUUUUAGCUACGGCGCUGGUUUUGGUGAAAGAUUCAGUUGGAGGUUAUCAAGUGGGGAGAGCGUUACUCGAUUCGUGCUCGCAGGUUAAUUUUAUAACAGAGGAAUUCUCAAAAAAUCUUAAUUUGGUCAAAUACAAGCGACCGGUACAUGUGGCAAGUAUAGGCAGCACAUUUGCUAAUAUAAAGCAUCAAACAUCCACUAUCGUAAAGUCACGUCAUUCAAAUCUUGAGCUGGAUCUCAACUUCUGCGUUACUCCUCAUAUUGCUUACCAGCCAAGCUCAGAAAUUGAUGUAUCAUCAUGGAACCUCCCGCCGAAUACUUCACUCGCAGAUGAACUAUUUUUUAAAUCCAAACGUAUCGAUCUCUUACUAGGCACAGAAAGCUUCUUUGACAUUUUAUCCAUCGGUCAAAUUAAACUGGGUGUGAAUCUUCCAGUCCUGCAAAAAACAUUGUUUGGAUGGGUGGUAUCCGGUAGAUGUCAAGGUGUUCUCGAUAAUCCCACAGUUGCAAACUGCCUAAUGUCACUAGAUGAUACCGUAUCCAAACAACUAGAAAUGAUGUGGAAGAUAGAGGAAGUACAAUCAGCUGAAAAAUCGUGGUCACCAGAGCAAGCGAAGUGCGAGACCUCCUAUCAAGAAACAGUUCGACAAGCUAUGGACGGAAGAAUUGUAGUUCGAUUACCAUUUAAGGAACCACCAACCACCCUCGGUCUGACACACAGCAUUGCCUUGCGUCGACUUCUAGGUAUAGAACGACGCUUAUCAUCCAAUCCUGCAUUAAAACGCGAUUACUGGGAGUUCAUGAAACAAUAUCUGGAGUUAGGACAUAUGACGCGCGUCGAAGAUCCCAAAUUGAACGAACCGCAUUACUAUAUCCCUCACCAUUGUGUUCUGAAGCCUUCCAGCACGUCAACAAAGUUGAGAGUAGUUUUUGACGCAUCAUGUCCAACCUCAUCUAGUCGUGCGCUAAAUGACAUUUUGCUGGUAGGCCCUACCAUUCAUCCGGAACUAUAUCUGCUCCUUCUUCAGUUUCGUUUAUACCGUUAUGCUCUGACAGCCGACAUCGUAAAGAUGUUCCGACAAAUUUUGGUGGAUAAAGGAGAUCGAAGGUUUCAAUAUAUCCUCUGGAGAGACACAGAUGCGGAGCCUGUUAGUACUUACGAACUCAAUACUGUCACUUAUGGCACAGCAUCGGCGCCGUUUUUAUCAACUAGAAGUUUACAAUAUUUGGCCGAUAAAUAUAAAGACAAAUACCCAUUAGGCUCUCCACUUCUUAAAUCGUCAUUUUUUGUGGAUGAUUUUAUUGGCGGAGCCGACUCCAGUGAAGAACUUGUCGAAAUUAAACAUCAACUGACUGCAAUUCUGAAGGAAGGUUGUUUUGAAUUGGAUAAAUGGCAUUCUAAUCAUGUGGAUUUUGUAAGCGACACUACAACGAAGAGUUGGGAUCUGGGCAACCGUGUGGCUGAAAUCCAAGAUAUAACUCGCGCUGGUCAGUGGCAGCACAUAUCUACAAAAAUUAAUCCAGCUGAUAUUGUUUCUCGUGGUUGUACCAAUCGCCAACUAACGGAGUCUACGUGGUUCACUGGACCAGAAUUUUUAUUACGUGAAAGAAAACAUUGGCCUCAACCAGAACAUAGCAAUUUAGAUAUGGAAGUAGUCAAUAAGGAAAGAAGAAAACUUGCGUUUACUCAGGUAACUAAAGAAAAUUAUUUGCUGACAGUUAUAUCAAGGUAUGGCUCCUAUACUAAAAUACUACGAAUAGUAGCGCAACUACAUCGAUUCCAUCAGUUAACCAAGUAUAAAGAGAAAGCUGACGUAGAGUUCAUUCAACCUAUGCAAUUACAAAAAGCACUGCAUUGUAUUGUUUGGAUUAUCCAAAAUCAUUUUUUUUCUCAGGAUAUACAAGGCCUACAGCGAGGUAACCCAGUGGAAGGGUCACUCAAGCACCUAAACCCAUUCUUGGAGGAAGCGUCAGGUUAUCAACUCUUAAAGGUAGGAGGGCGUCUCGCACUUAGUGACAUUGCCAGGGGUCAGCGACAUCCGAUUCUAUUGCCUAAAGGCUGUUAUUUUGUGGAAUUGUACGUUCGGCAUCUUCAUCUGAGCAACUAUCAUGCAGGAGCCAAGGCAUUAAUCGCCCUUACUCGACUUAAGUUUUGGAUACUAAACAUUCGCGAUAUUGCGCGUCGAACGGUUCGGUCUUGCAUUCACUGCGUGCGUUACAAACCGAAAUUGCUUGGUCAAAUAAUGGGUAACCUUCCUAUUGAACGCGUCACACCCAGUAGGCCGUUCGCUCGUACAGCAGUAGAUUUUUGUGGGCCAGUAUUAACGUAUCUUGGUAUUCGGGAAAAAGCCCCAUUCAAAACGUAUAUAGCUAUCUUCGUCUGCUUAUCAACAAAGGCGGCACACAUCGAGGCAGUGUCAGAUUUAACUACGGACGCCUUUAUCGCAGCACUAAAAAGAUUGAUCGGCAGAAGGGGACUGCCAUCAGAUAUCUACUGCGAUAAUGCAACAAAUUUUGUUGGUGCUAGCAACAAGCUGGCUGACUUGAAAAACUUUUUAUUUAAUAAAACUAAUCAAUCUAAUUUGCAGACUUUUUGCACCAACCAAUUCAUCAAUUUCAAUUUUAUACCGCCUAGGACGCCUCACUUCGGUGGGCUAUGGGAGGCGGCUGUGAAAAUUGCUAAGGGCCAUCUGAACCGAACCCUUGCAAACACUCGUCUUACGUUUGAGGAACUUGGAACAGUACUGAUUGAAAUCGAGGCCAUACUUAAUUCGAGACCAAUAUCACCGCUGUCUUGCGAUCCAAGCGACUAUGAUGCGUUGACACCAGCACAUUUUCUUAUCGGCGGCCCACUUAAGACAUUACCGGAAUCAACAUCUCAAUAUGAUAAAUUGCCACUAGCAGAUAAGUGGGUCCGUGUGAAGGCUGUAAAACAUCAUUUCUGGCGCCGAUGGGCUCGAGAUUAUCUAAACGAGCUGCAGACACGUACCAAAUGGACAAAGGAACAAUCAAACGUCAGCAAUGGAACAUUAGUAAUAAUCCACGAGGAUAAUAUGCCCCCACAACGUUGGCUGAUGGGAAGAAUCAUUCACUGUGUAAACGGUCCAGAUAAGCAUAUUCGCGUAGUCGAUCUGCAGACAUCCAAAGGAGUCAUCCGUCGACCAAUCCACAAACUUGCACUAUUGCCAGCUUGA